AACUACCCAGAAUAGUCUGUUGCCGCCAUAAUUCCGCUAUAAUACUCUCCCAUGCCAACUCCUUCAUUCCUCCAAAAGAACCGGAGUUCUUAUAAGAGCAAUGGCAAACGGAAGCGUUCAGGAAGUUCUUCCCCCUUCUCUGGAUUCCACUUCCAGCCCACCUCCCCUCUUUGAUGGGACGACGAGGUUGUAUAUAGCUUACAUAUGCCCAUAUGCGCAGCGUGUCUGGAUUACUAGAAAUUACAAGGGACUCAAGGAUAAGAUACAACUGGUUCCUAUUAAUUUACAAAACAGGCCAGCUUGGUACAAGGAGAAAGUCUACCCUACAAAUAAGGUGCCAUCCUUGGAACAUAAUGAUAAAGUCAGAGGAGAGAGUCUCGACUUGAUUAAAUAUAUCGACAGCCACUUCGAAGGACCCCCACUUUUUCCUGAUGAUCCAGCCAAAAGAGAGUUUGCAGAAGAGUUGCUGUCCUACAGUGACACAUUCAAUGGAAUUGUGAUUACUUCAUUCAAGCAAGAUGAAGGGAAAGAACUUGGAGAAGCACUUGAUCACUUAGAAACUGCUCUUUCUAAAUUCAGCGAUGGCCCUUUCUUCCUUGGCCAAUUCAGUCUGGUGGACAUAGCCUAUGCUCCAUUUAUUGAAAGAUAUCAGAUCUUCUUGUCGGAAGUAAAGAAGUAUGACAUCACAGAAGGAAGACCAAAACUAGCAACAUGGAUUGAGGAGAUGGACAAGAUUGAGGCCUACAAAGAAACCAAAUGGGAUCCACAAGAGAUUGUCGAAAUCUACAACAAACGUUUCCUGGCAUAGCUUUGAAAACGGUAAUGGCUUUUUUCAAAGCAUGACAUUUUCUCUAUAAAUGUUUGAAGUUUCUUUGCUACCUGCUUAUUUGGUGAUAUUAAGGGCGAUUUCUGGUCUGCCAUGUGCAUGCACUAUCCGUCUAUGAAGGCCAAGGAGAUAUUAAAAAUAAAAUGAACUACACAUCAUAGUUGUCCUACAUCAGUUCUCCUUGGUUUUGUUAACUAAUAUAUUAUUGAACUUCAACUUGUAUUCUGAAUCUUUCUCAGUGCGGCAUAAAUAAGAUUACUUGAUUUUCAACUCUUU